AGGAUGGCUGAUUAAGAAGACUCGGAAAAAGAAAGUAUGGCUCGAAUGAGCAAAGAGGAUGAGGAUCCUUUAGUGCGAGUGAAACAGUAUGUGGAGGCUCACAAUAUCAAGGGCAUAUUGAAGAACUGUGUUGCGGCCUUGUGUACCAACUCACCCGAUAACCCCUAUGCUUUCUUUGCGGAGUACUUUGCCCGACUAAACGAGGAGCAUCUGUCGUCCCCGGGUCAACCAGUAGCACAAAGUUCAUCCUCAGCCACAGCAAUACAAGCUCAGAUGUCAACUGAAAGUACCGAAGAGCACUCUCCCUCCGCCGCUUACCACCUCAGGAAUACAGGUAUUUCGACCAGAGCCCAGAGGCGUGGCGCUGUUAGCGCAGCUCCUAUUAACGAAGAUGACGUUGAUAGUAACACUGAAAGAAGGGGUGAACCUAAAGACUACAAAACUACGCAAGCACUUUUAAAGGCCAUCGAGAAAAAUGCGUUGAUGUGUCACUUAGAUGAUAACGAUAAAAGCGAUAUAUUUGAAGCGAUGGUUCUUCGGCGGUUCAAUCCUGGGGAGAAUAUCAUAACACAAGGCGAUCAUAGGCCAAGGCUCCGAACUCCGAACUAUUACUAUCUCAUGCUCAAGAAAACGGGUGACGAAGGUGACAACUUCUACGUUAUUAACCACGGUGAAGUAGAGAUUUUCAUAGACAACAUUCUACAGUCAACUCAGGGCGAGGGUGGAAGUUUCGGGGAACUGGCGCUUAUUCACGGUUGCCCUCGAGCCGCUACAGUUCGGGCAAAGACAGAUGUAAAAUUAUGGGCGAUCGAUGGUCAUACUUACCGUAAAAUUUUGAUGGCCAACACUAUCAGAAAGCGGAAGCUGUAUGAAUCGUUCUUAAAGAACGUCUCUAUAUUAAAAACGCUAGAUAAUUGGGAGCGACUGAUAGUAGCCGAUGCUCUGGAAAGUGUAACGUUCCAAGACCAGGAGAUCGUGGUUAAACAGGGCGAUCCUGGUGACCAUUUCUAUAUUAUCAUGGAGGGGCGGGCUUCUGUCACAAAGAACGUAGAUAACACAGAAGUAGAGGUAUCUGUACUGGGAAAAUACAACUAUUUCGGUGAGAUCACUCUCCUACUGAACCGGCCUCGCGCCGCCACCGUAAAAGCCGUGGGGACUCUCGACUGUGUCAAACUUGAUCGGGCUCGAUUCGAGCGGGUUCUUGGGCCUUGUAUCGAGUUUUUGAAGCGAAACAUGGCGAACUAUAACUCUUAUAUAUCGCAAGCCGUUUGACGGGCUGAUCUUUGAAUUUUCGCGCACUUUACCAUAUAUGGUCAUCCCGUGAGCAGCUGUAAUUAUGAAAUUCAACGAGAGAAUGGAAGUUUGGGGCUGUUUGGCUCCCUGAGAGCUUGUUGUUAAUACUAUAUUAUAUCAUGAGUGAUAUACAGGUAAUUAUUAUACUUUAUCCGAUGACCGAACUUGUAUUUAAAAGGAAACUUGCGAAUUUUGUACUGGAAUUUCUAGCAGUUACUCGUGCUGGAAUAUUUCUUAGAUUAGGUUAGGUACCGUUGACAUGAACAUCAUUGUUACAUUAGUUGUGACGUGUGUUUAAACGGGCCGUUUUCAAUUAACAGUUUAAGUUAAUAUUUUUUGAGUGUAUAUUUAGAAAAUUACGUGUUGGAUGCACAAGAAAUGUUGGCUUUUUCUUUUAAACUAUUAAGAAACAUAACUAUUUUUAAAGAGCUAGAUUAUCAAUAUUAUCAUAUUUAACCCUUUUAAUUCUCUUUUAUAAUACGGUGGCUUCAAAGCCAAAUUUAGAUAUCCAUUUGGACCAUAUUUUCUAAUUUCUAGUUAAUGUCAUUUCAAAAUUUUGACCAUGACUAGUCGAAUGUUUUCAGGGUUUAACUAUUUGAGAAAUCAGAUUGCUAGCAGGUCUUUUACUCGACCAACAUUUAAAACGUUAGAAAUAGUUAAAUUUAAACUAAAAUGACUAAAAGUAAAUGGUGUGGAUUUGAUCAGUUGAAAAGUUGUCAUGAUUAACUUAAUUAUUUUUGUUAGCUUAUUCUGCUCAACAAACUACCUCUUUAUUAUUUUGCUAGGAGUAAACCACGCUUCAAUUAAUAAUUCUAAUAACUUUUAAUUUAAAUGAAGCACAGGGUGUUAUUGUUAGAUAUAAAAUAUGAUGAAAGAAUUAGGUUUUGCCUCAAAGAAAUUAAGACAGACUCUUAAUAACAUUAAGCAUUAAUUGAGUGAAUUUCAUUUAAAUUGCCUCGAAAAAUACACCGUUUUAGAAUUAGUACUAAUGAUUAUCGAUUGGGUUACCAUAUAGUUUAGCAGGGUGAGUAGAAAUACAAUUAGAUUGUCAGAACUAGUUAUAUUUUAGAAUAUUGAAUUGGAACACAUGUUAUAUAAUUUGUAUUUAUUGUUUUUCAUCGA